AUGGCCGACCUCGACGCGGAACUCCUCGCCCUUGCUGGAGGCGAUUCCUCCGGUGAAGAGAGCGUGCGUUCAUCUCCCAAACCAAAAUCACCAUCACCGCCUCGUCCCAUAAGCAAGUCUCGAGAAUCUCCGUUACCAGACAUGGCUCGCAAAGGAGUAGCUACGACAGUCAAGCGGGCUAAGCGCCGCAAGAAUUAUUCUGACGAUGAGGACGAAGUCUCAUCGCUCUCGCCACACUCAGAAUCCGCGUCCAUGUCGCAGUCUGAUUCCGAAGCCGGCUUCAGCCCAGCCGCUGACAAACCAAUCUUUCCGUAUGAAAAGCUCUACUACGACGCCGCCGACAAAGCGCGUAUCCAAGCCAAACCCGAAAUAGAGCGAGAGGAGAUUUUGGCCCAGCGAAGUGAGCAGGUGGAACGUCACGAACAAGAUUUGACUCUUCGUCGUCUCGUCGCCGCAAGAGCUAAGGAGGAGGCCAAAAAAGCUGCAAAGAACAAGCGCAAGGCCAGCGCCGCUGAUCUGGACGACACGCAACGCAAGAGUACUCGUCAACGUACCAAGGUGGGAGGGGGCCGUGUUGGAGAAGCAAGCAGCGCCAUUGAAGCAUACAAGUUGCAACGGGCUGAGAAGAAUCUACGAGAAGAACAGAGAAAGAAGGAUGGACUCGCAAGAAGAGCAGCAUCGCCACGAGACGAUGACAACGAUGCAGAUGCGGAGGGCGAAAGCGACAACGACUACGACGAUCGGAAAAUCAAGAGACGAUCACCCACUCCACCCAAAGACGACCCCGUGGCUGAACUUGCCGAUAUCCAGAGAGCUCGUGUGGGUCGCGACAAUUUUGCUCAAGUAUGCUACACUCCGGGCUUUGAAGAAGCCAUCACCGAUUGCUACGCUCGUGUGUGUCUUGGUCCUGGUCGCAAUCCUGGUGUCAAUGAAUAUCGCCUUUGCUUGAUCAAAGGAUUCACUCGUGGCAAACCGUACGCGAUGGUUGGGUCCAACGGAAGACCGUUUCCUGUCGAUAUGUACAUUAUCGCCGCUCACGGCAAGGCUGAGAGACCAUGGUCUUUCCUCGAAUGCUCCAUGUCCAAAUUCACCGACGAUGAAUGGCGACGGUACCGGUCGACAAUGGCCAAUGAAGAUUGCAAGAUGCCCACCAAAGGUUUUAUCAAUUCCAAACUGGACCAAAUCAAUCGAUUGCUGGCCCAUCGAUUCACUGAGGCUGAAAUCUCUCAGAAAAUGAAGAUCCAAAACGACCUCAUAGAAAAGAUUACCAGACACCAGGAGAAGGAAGACCUCCGAGAGAGGAUUGCAGAAGCUAGGACUGAUGGAAACGACGAACUCGCCGAAGAACUCGAGAACCAGCUUGCGAAUAUCGUUCCAAUGAAAUUGGCAUUUGGCACGAGCCUGUCUCGAUCAGACUCGAAUUACGUCAACCAGGAACAAGAACGACUGGCCGAACUCAAUCGACGAAAUCAGAGAUUGAAUGCCGAGAACGUUCGGAAGGCACAGCUAGCAGAGAUGAGGGCACGAAAGGCCAAGAAGCAUUUGGCGCCGGGCAUUGAUGAACUGUUUGAGGGAGGGAGUGAUAUCAGUCGGACCGGUACACCAGUCAAUGGUACUGGGACACCCAAAGUAGCAGCAAGCAUCUCACGAGCCGGAACGCCCAACCCCAUCUCACUAUCGAAUGGUACUCCCCAGGGCUCCACACCAGCACCAACUACUCCGAACCCGGUGACGGAAAACAAGAAAGGAUUGCCUGUCAUUCGAAAGACAGCAUUGGAUGACGAGAUUCUGGCCAGCAUGGAUCUAGGAAUUGAAAUCGACAUCUGA